AUUCCUUUAAGAACGGUCUAGCACAGCUCACGUUAAAAAAAAAAUUCCCGCUGCCACGCGUAAAUCAGACCCAGGCUUCAUUCGGCGCUGUGUAAGCCCCCUCGAGCGGGGAAGAUGAAUUUAGCGGGAACAUACGGAUCUUCCAAGCUGCCGUACGUGCUCGACCAGGACGUCUGGGACCCCAUCUCGCAUGAGCACGAGGAGCCGACGCCCUUGUGCCUCGCCCGCGUCAAGCGCGAGAUCGCCUACAUCUACGCUCGCCCGCCGCACGGCAUCUUCAUCGAACCGGAGGAGGACAACAUCACCAAGAUGCACGCGCUCAUCGUGGGGCCGCCGAACACGCCGUGCGAAGGGGGCUUCUUCCACUUCCUGGUCAAGUGCCCGCCCAACUACCCGGUGAGCCCGCCGCGCGUUCGCGUCAUGACGACCGACGCCGGCAGGGUGCGCUUCAAUCCUAACUUCUACGCCUGCGGCGAGGUGUGCCUCGGCGUCCUGGGCACGUGGCCCGGGCCUUCGUGGAACGCGACGCAGAACGUUGAGACCGUGCUCAUCUCGAUCCAGUCGCUGAUGAGCGAGAAGCCGUACUUUAACGAAGUCGGGUACGACAGGGAGCGGAGGCCCGGCGACGCGAGCCGCUACAACGCCGUCAUCCGGCACGAAACGAUCAGGGUAGCGGUGUGCGACGCGGUCGAGGCGUGCCUCGUGGGCAGCUCGGCGUGCCCGCCGGCCCUGAGGCGGAGGAUCCUGAGGGCGUUCCCCGAGUACUGCGACAGGUACGAGAAGCUGGUCGGCGAUCAGAUGCAUCUGAACGGCACUGCCAUGAUGGACCCGUUCGGCCACCACAAGGGAGUCUACCAGCACCGGAGGCUGCUUCAGCUGCUCCAGCGUCUGAAAGAGCAGCUUAGCUGGACUGGUCCGAUCCCCGAAGGAAAGGAGGACGCGGCGCAGUCUACCGUCGAGAGUCCGAGCCUCUGCACCUCAGAUCGCAAUUAGCUCAGUGGCUUGUCACGUGUUCGUUCUGGUGCAACCAAGUGGGGCCGAUUAUCAUUCGCGUCAGAAGGUGUAACGACGUUCCCACAGCUGGUGUGAGACCAAUAAAGAAAUUUCGAAAUGACGUU